CUAUCUGCUCUUUCCGUUUCUUUCAGUGAUCGAGUCGCACAUGGCUCAGCAGUGCUUCCACAGUGAAUAUUUUGACAGUCUGCUGCAUGCUUGCAAACCUUGCCACCUUCGAUGUUCCAACCCUCCUGUACCCUGUCAGCCUUACUGCAAUCCAAGCAUGACCAGCUCGAUGAAAGGGAUACAUAUUGUUCUCUGGACCUUCUUGGGCUUGACCUUGACUGUUUCUCUGGCUCUUUUUACACUCACAUUCUUGCUGAGGAAGAUGAACUCUGAAGCACUGAAGGACAAACUUCAAAACCCAGGAUCCGUUCUACCGGACACGGCCAAUUCUGACCUGAUGAAGAGCAGGGCUGAUGACGUAAGGAUUUUUCCCCGAAGCCUGGAGUAUACGGUGGAGGAAUGCACCUGUGAGGACUGUGCCGAGAGCAUCCCGAAGGUUGAUUCUGACCACUUUCCACUUCCAGCCAUGGAGGAGGGCGCAACCAUUCUCGUCACCACGAAAACAAGUGAUUAUGGCAAGAAUAUGUCAACUGCUUCGGGAAGUGUCACAGGGAUGGAGAAGGCAAUUCAUUCUGGAGAAUGAAGCUCUGUGUGGUAUAGAGCCACUCUGAGAGCUGUCAGAGGGAGAGAUGAGGCGUUUCAUGUCUUGAGGAUGUUUAUCAGCUGGGAUAUAGCCUAUUGUCCUUUCAUAAACUCUUUACAGGAGACCCAUUCCCCCAUCUUAUCAUUGGGACUUUAACUGCGGAAGAGUCCUUGGUUUUGAUUGAAGGUUCA